ACAUUCCUCUUCUCUCCCACAUUAACCUACACAUCUCCAAUAACCACACACAUAGAUCCCUCUCCCUCACCGUCAGGCCCUCUCCGCCCCUGCCCUCACCCAAGAUGACCCAAGAAGCUCGCCGCUGACAAGGCGUCGAGUACGUCAAGUCCGGCAUGGUCCUCGGUCUCGGCACCGGCUCUACCAUCGCCUUCGUUGUCACCAAGCUCGGUCAUAUCUUCUCCACCGGUCAACUCUCCAACAUCAUCGGCGUUCCUUCCUUCAAGCACACUAAGGAGCAGGUAUGCUUCCUCGGAAUCCCGCUCUCUACUUCCAAACCCAGUGAUCGUGCUUGGAAGCAACCACCCGCAGUGUUCUUCACCACCGCGAAGCCCCAGCUCAGGUUCGCAACCAUAAGAGCUUCGGCUGCAGAGGAGAAAGUAGAGGCUGCAGCACCUGCGGCUGAGAAAGAGGAGGCACCAGUGGGGUUCACCCUACCUGAGCUGGAUCCAAACACGCAAUCCCUAAUAUUCGGAGGAAGCACUGGAGGGCUAUUGAGGAAGGCCCAAGUGGAAGAGUUCUAUGUGAUAACAUGGGAUUUUCCGAAAGAACAGAUCUUUGAGAUGCCCACAGGUGGCGCCGCCAUAAUGAGGCAGGGUCCGAACCGACUGAAGUUUGCAAGAAAAGAGCAGUGCCUUACACUUGGUUCAGCUUCAGGAGUUAUUUAAGGAAGGAGUAGUGGA